ACACGUGACUUGACAAUAUUAAGUAGCAAAAUAAAUCUGUCCGAUUGAGAAUGCUUUUAAAACCGCAAAACAAAGAAGCAUUAUAAAACCAUGGAUCAGUCUUUAGAUAUCGCGUUAAAAGUGGACCAAACAAAUGUGGAACGCGACAGUAAGGACAAUUUAGAAUUGCUGUUCAGCGUGGACAUAAAGAUCGAAAAACAGGCAGAAACAAAUGACGACGAAGAUUGGUGUGUAGAUAAUUUUGCAGCCGGCAAUCUUCUGGUGCCGCUGUUCUUUAAACAGGUGGUGGAGCCCCAGGGUAUACAAUGCUCGUUGUGCUAUAGACACUUUUUAGAUCGACAUGACGUCUACAAACACAAUUUGACCCAUCUCCAAGUUAAUAUCACCAAUCCGGCAUACUUCCGGUGUGAUAUCUGCAACACCUACUUCGACAACAUAAAGUCUAUUGAGCAUCAUAUGCCUACACAUAACAAAAGUAUUACAAAUACGUUACCAUAUAAACCUAAAGGCAAACCUUGUAAUAAAACAGAUUAUGAUUUUAAGCUAAUCAACUCCUACGAAAAACUAAAGACAAAUUAUGAAGACUACGAAACUAAAAAAAGAUUAAGAGAUGGUAUGACUGACUCCUCCGAUGAACCAAGAACAUUGGCACCUGAUAGAGUAACAAACAAACAACACCAAUGUAAUAUAUGCCAAAAGACAUACUCAUACAGGGCCUGGCAUGGUCACAUGCAUGACGUACAUGGUAUGGGUAAAUACACAUGUGAAUUAUGCGAUAUGGUAUUCAAGUGCAAGCGAUAUUUGAACAGGCACUUACGGAAUAAACAUUUUGGGAAAAAUCAGCGAAAAGGAUUAUUGAAAAUGGACGUCAAAUGUGACCAAUGUGAUGCUGUUUUGCAGAAUUUAAAUGCUUUAACUACACACCGAAGGAAUGUCCAUAGUGCUAGUAAACAUGUGUGUGAUAUUUGUAAGUCGACACUGAAAUGCAAGUCAUAUUUGCUGGGGCAUAUGCGGAGAGUGCAUAGUGACGGGAAAAAGCAUGAAUGUGAAUGUGGGAAGAGUUUUAAGACUCAUAGGUAUUUAUUGGUGCAUAAACGGAAUGCACAUUCAAAGAAGAAAAUGGAUAGAUUGAAGCCAAAAGUAAAGACUGAAGAAUCAUGAAAAACCACAAAAAAUUGUCAUUGCGUAUUCGAAACGAGUAUUGUGACAACGCCAUCUACUGAAGUUUAUUUAAAGUGUAUCGCACAAACCAAAUGAGUACAAAAAGCACUAAGUAAAUUUCCAUCCCUUUUUUUAAAACCAAUUACGCUUACCACAAGGAUUUUGGUAUACUGACCCGCCUGUUGCUAUCUCUAUUGCAAGCGCAUAAUAAGGGCUAUCGUUUUUGUACUCACCAGUUGGCGCCACUGUAGAUGUAGGUCUAGAAAAACAUCUCAAAAUUCUUCGAUGCUUAUUUUUAUAAAAUCAAUACGUUCUAAUAUACACAAAGGUAUUUUAACGUCUUAAUGUGCCAUUUUUUCAACCUGUUUCAUUUUGCAUAUAUUUUAGUUGGCACUUUUUUAAACCACUUAAAUUUGUUGAGCUAUAUCUAUUGUUUACCAUGAUUAAUCAAAGAUGGACAAAGAUUUACUACAAUUAUGAAUAAGGAGUGACAAUUCCCGAUAAAAAAGCUUGAAACCCCCAAAACUUCUAUGUAUUUGACAUUUUGAAAGACCUCCAUCAACACUAGCGCCCCUAGCGGCGAAAUUAAACGCGGUAGCCCUCAUUAUAUUGUUGUCCCACCCAUGAUGCCGGCUGUCAAUGUCACUGCGGGAGUGACAGCAUCGAAAAUCCUUCUGGUACGCUUAUGCGUUUUUUUUUGGGACCACCCAUAGAUAUAGUAUAUACAAGUAGUUAUAGAAGCGCUACCGAGCGACCGGGGGUAAGAGAAAUAAUAUAAAAUGUAUAAUACGCAAUUUAUCCGGUUUGCAUGUCCAAUGUCUUUUCUCUUUCACUUGUAAAUUUCGGUAUUUCGCCAUAGCCUCCUUGUUAUGAUGCCAUAACCCGACCACGAAAAAAUGCCCGAUCGGUGAUAAAGACAAAGCAUAGCACUAUUUUCUCUUUCCUCUUAUAGGAAUCGCAAUAAGACUAUCUUUCUCUAUCAAAGAGUGUCAGGCCCUUAAUUAGCCCCCACCAGCGCCGGCGACUAGUCAACUUUAUGGCUGCUGCUCGGCGCAACGUUGGCGCAACUGCGCAGCGACGCCAUUAUCCAUAGCGCUGACUACUAUCCGCGCGCCAAUUCCGUGCAUUCGGAGGUCGAGGAAGUGGGAGGGUGUGCGCCGCGUCCGUACGUCAAAAUGACACCACUCGGUGAUGACGCCCAACAUUCCUAACAUUCCUCAGCCGUGCACGGAAUUCGCGCGCGGUCAGUAGAUGUGUGGGGUGGCCCAGGACGCAAUAUAACUGAAAAGAAUUUUAGGUUACCAUGCCAAUGGGAAUGAAAAACUAUCCAAAGUUUAGUUAGGUAUGUUUUUUUUUUGUUAUUGUUGUACGGUCAUCAUAUAAUACAUACAAUGCGCUUUAACGUCUUGAUAAUAGAGGCUUUGUUCAGAUAUUUGUGACAGGGUUCGAAAGGAUAAUUAUCAAUGAUAGUUAUCUUGAUAAUUAUCGUGAUUUUUAUGCCUGAUAAUUAUCGAUUUGAUAAUAACCUAAAAUUUACGAAGAUUCUAAGACGAGAUUUAUAGCACCAUCCAUACCUGGGAUAAUUAUCCGAUAUUUAUCGCGAUAAUUAUCAAAGACUAUAAUUAUCUGGAUAAUUUCUAACUCUUGAUUUGUGAACACCUUGGCCGCACGGAUAUAUAUGGUGGCAACUGUACAAUAGAAGAUUCUUAUAAGUUAUUGUUAUUAUUGAUCUCUCUAUAAGAUCUAUAGUUAUAGUUUGUAAGUAAUCAUUAAAGUUUUUGUUAACCUUUUCGACGCCGUGUCAAACACAAAAGCUGUCAUUCGGACGCCACAUCACCGGUGUCAAAAUCAAAACUGAAAUUGAACUUUAUGCACAUGCAUAAAGACCUACAGCUAUGUUGCUCUGUGGUCUGUGACGGAUUAAUCGGUCUUUGGCGUUGGACCUGCAGUGCCGAUAUAUCCGUCAUUGGCGUCCAAAAGGUUAAAGGUUAUGUACCUUA